UUUGAGUAAGGGUACAGCACAGAGCAGAAUGCAAUAAUCCUUUCACAAACAAUGUUUUAUAGAGGGUUUUGCUUUCUUCCUGUGCCUUAUGUUGGGCAGGGUAUAAAUUAAAGUGAGAAAGUGUCUGCUGUGUGGCUGUUAAAAAUCUCUGGGGGGAGAACACCCUGUGCGUGUCGCAGCUUGUUUUUCAAAUUUCUUGAGCUAAGCUCUGCUGCAGGAGAAGCCAGCUAGCAGGCUAUUCUGCGAGGAGCGCUGCCUGCUCUCCAGUGUCUGUUUGCAGAAGCAGAACUGGUGGGUUGACCGUUCCAACAUGGUUCCUGUUCUCGUCAGAGCUGCAGCACGGGACGCUGCGGACUUGCCUUCGCCGUUUUGCUGUUUUAAAGCAGUGACAGUGAUGGUGGUUUGACUCUCGCUGGCUGCAGCCUUCAGGUGUGUAUUUGUCCAGAGUUUGAGUUCACGUCCCACAGAAGCAGCGUGCUGGGAUGAGAUGGUGAUCUUCUAGCGAAAUAGCUCAUGUUUGACUUGCAGAAGGAAAGAGGCUGAGUGGGGAGAGGGAUUGCUAGUACUUUGAUGAUGAGAAACUCCGGGAUGAACUGCCCUCUUGGCUGAGUUUGAUCAGUCCUGGGCCGUGUUUGAUGGGAAAAUGUCUGAAAGCUGUAUUUUCCCUUGAUAGACACCAUGUGAAGGAAUUCUCUUGAGCUUUUCCUUGCCUCCAUUCAGUUGGUUACGUCUGGCUGGCAGGUCUCAAAAACACAAAGCUCUCUCUCAGAGGCUCCCGGACUGCUGAGGAAAACCAUGGUCUGGCGACCUGGGAACGCUGUUCCCCGCGGGGUGUUUCUCAUCAUGGGACACGGGUGUUGGCAUGAGCGCAGCUCAGGUUAUGGCGAUGACUUUGUAGCAGAGAUCCUUUUUCCCGGGGUCUGAACAAAGCGAGGUCCGUAGGUGGAACACAAGCGUGUCUGUGCAGCCAAGGCUUGCAGGGCAGCAGUCUGCAGGAUAAACAGUUGGCUGCAGCCCACAGAGCUCAGGCGGCACAAAGUUCACGUUGAAAUGUAGAAAUAACUGAUGACAAGGGCAGGCUGCCACUUUUCUCUAUUCAUUGUGUCUCUUAAUGAGACUUACCCAGUCCUGCUAUUAGGGCCUGCCAGCAGGGAGGACCGACACAAAGCCCCCGAUUGUCAUCCACCUGCCCCCCGCCAGCCGGCUCGCAAGGUGGCAGCUCUACGGUUUCACCCUCCCUGUAGAUCUGAGUUGAGGAACUCCUGGCUGGGAAGCCCUCUGGCCGCGACGGACACGUAUUUACGUUUCGCGGAUGCACGCUUAGGUUUCCCAGGCGUGCCUGGAGUUGGGGAUGAUGCACAGUCUGUGUGUUGUCAGGAGGCAGAGCUGCAGGAGCGAGCUCCUCAUCUGAAGUGGAGGAUGGAGGGUAGGACUGGCACUGGCGAUGCUGUCUCUGCAGACAGGAGGGCCGCAGCACACUUCACAGCUCCAUCCAGGACGUUCUGGAUCAUCUUGUCCGUUGCCUUGUUUUUUGCAGUAGUUGGCAUCAGCAUCGUGGGGGUUCUCAGCUUCUCCCCCAGCUCUGCCCAGGCUGGCUCGCAGCUCGUCCGGCUAACGCUCCAGGGCCAGCUAGACCCCCUGAGGAAUCAGACAGCCUUGGUGGACAAGUCCAGGAGCACCGUGACCUACUACGUAACCUCGCAGAGUAACCACACCACCGUGGUGCUGUAUGACAGCAGGAACGGCUACGUGUGCUACAAGCCCAUGGAGCAGCGUACGUGCUACCUGAGGAGGAUGGAUGCCUGGGACGUCCAGACCCUACAGACAUCUCUCAACACGUCUGAGCAGAGAGCUGAUCAGCUGCUACGUCAGAAUAACGAGACCGAGUACUACCAGGAGUUCCUGGGCAUUCUGGCGGGGGAACAGGUGGACCCCAAAAGCCUGGGGGAAGCUGUCCAGACCCUGUGUGAACAGACAUCCAUCUUCUGGGUCAGGAGAGGGGAAGGACCGGGGAAGCAGCGGCUGAUCUACCUUUGCAUUGACAUCUGUUUUCCAAGCAACAUUUGUGUGUCUAUCUGCUUCUAUUACCUCCCUGAGUAAGUCCUGCAGCUGCAGAUGCCCUCUCGCUGCUCUAAAUACUUGAACUGGAUUCCUGAAAAGCCUCUGAUUUCAACAAGGAAGGUAAUAUCUACAAUAUCCCCCAAAAGCUUCCUGCUGAUUUCAUGCUGC